CCCGCCGAAAUUUUGAAAAGGGACUCAUCGCAGAGUCGCAAAGUGAGAGUAGAGUCAUCUUCAUCUUCGCAUUAUCGUCAACCUCCACGGCAACACACACACACAUAUAUAUGGGUUAUUUUGGUUCAUACUUCCACACAGUCGUCGCAAUCACUACCCAGACUGCUACGGGCUCAAUUUCGACUGCCCGAUAACCUCUAGCCUCUAACCUCUUACAGACCAAUCCGGAGCGCGGUAAUGUGCCGAGAUGUCCGGCCGAGGAGGUAGAGGCGGCCGCGGCGGCGGUCGCGGUGGUAGUCGUGGGAAGCCUGCACCUCCAGGCAUGCCCGGCGGAGAUGAUCCUAGUUUGAUUGUUAAUGACCAGCCUCAGGAGACAUAUCCGAAGUCGUACAAACCACCCGUCGCUCCCCAUCUAACCCCUUCCGAAGAGCGUGCCGUCGCCUUCUUUUUCAGUUUCCGCCGCGCCUAUCAUAAUUCGCCCUUAUAUACCCAUCGCCAUAUAAACGGCGAGUUUCUUUCCGCCAAGGAUCCUGUCCUCCCCCGCCACGGCCAGUCCCAGAUCAAUGCGCGCUAUGGCGUAAAAAACCGUGCGACUGUCGACCCCUUUCUCUCCGUGCCCAUGUACAGUCACCGCUUCGUCGACGACACACGGACACUACCGAAACUGAGGGAUGCUAGGCCCUGGGUCAAGGAUCUAUUUCCAGAGGAGCUAUGGGCGACGUUGGACGGCAAAGACACGGGUGGGGCCCGUGGUGGAAUACAGACCAAGGAGAUCACGAAUCGAGGCACGAAACGGCGAUUAUAUGGCGACGACGACGAUGAGCAGUAUGGUGAUGGCGAAGACGAUGAAGAAAUGCUGGGUUGGGGCCGGUCGCAAAAGCGCCGAGAGAACGAGACGGAGGAAGAGCGCAGGGCCCGGAUCGAGGGUGCUGGCAAGGACGCGGACAACGAAGACGGCGAUGCCGGUGAUGCGGAUGAGGAAGAUGAAGAGGAGAUGGAGUUGGAGGAUGACGAGUACGACAGCGCCGAGGAUGAAGACGGCGGCGACUACAACGCCGAAGCAUACUUUGACAACGGCGACGACGACGACUUUGGGGAGGAUGAUGGUGUCGGCGAAAGCGCUAUGGAUUUCUAGGGGCAUAGUUCUACGACGACCCGACGAGAGCCACCAAAGGAUGGGCCUUUGAAAAGGACCAUGACUGGAUCAUCGAAUUCAGAAGCAUGAUGGCCAUGGACUCAUCGUUUCAAAAUGAAAUAGAGGUAUCAAUCAUAGGCAUCGACCCAACCACGGCAUAAAUGGCAGGUUGAGAAGACGUUGACGGGAUAUUCACAGCACACCUGAUGUGAGUGUUUGCUGGCCCAUGAUUCAUCAACACGAUGUCAUUUUUGUUUGGACCAUCUGUACACACUUACCAUAGGUACACUAGCUGAAUCCUAGUAGAGUGGACGUAGCUUUAUGCGCUGCGCUUCCCGUGUAUGGGAUUACAUAGCCACCUAGAUAAUACAUACAAUUGAUUUAAUAGGCCAUUGUGAGCCUAUCCGAGUGAGAA